UAUCCCAUCAUGCAACUUAAAAAUGGAGUUGGAUGGAUCGUCGGAGUUUCGAAGGGUUGGCCUAGCUAGUACUACAAAAUAAUUCAUAACUUCACUCUAAGAUAUACAAAAUACCUAAUUUAUUAGUGAGUUAUAAGUGGUCAGUCUUAAGGAUGUCCAGUAAAGUUCAUCAUCGCGAUCAUUCACCUCACCACCAUCACAGGCACAAACAUCACAAGAAACACAAGAAACGAUCAUCCCCAUCAAGACGCUCGCAUUCACGCUCCCCAAGCCCUGUCAGAGAUGAACGUGAAAGCCACCAUCGGCCUAGAAAACACAAGAUACGACACCAUGAUGAAGAAAAAUAUGAAUGGCACAGAGAGCACAGUACUUCUCCAAGGCGAAAGGAACGAAGACCUGUCAGCAGAGAUACACGAACAGACAAUGGUGAUAGGAAGAGAAGGGUUAAUAGAUUUUCAGAUGGUGAUAAUGAACACUUUCCUGUGACAAUUAAGCAAGAAAGAGAUGUGAAUGACGAGAGGAGGAGGAGAGAUCAUAAACGCAAGCCAACAAAUCCAUUCCAAACCUCUGAAAAUUACGAAUAUGGAAACCCAGGAACGUCAGCUGAAGUUAAUGAUAUAAAUGACACUAACCAACCAAAAAAAGGACCGGAUUUUAAGUUGUCCGGAAAACUUGCGGAAGAAACGAAUACAUUUAGGGGGGUGGUGAUUAAAUACAAUGAGCCUCCUGAAGCUCGGAAACCUAAGAAAAAGUGGCGUUUAUAUGUAUUUAAAGGUCAGGAGCAGUUACCUGUACUUCACAUUCAUCGACAAAGUGCGUAUUUAUUUGGUAGAGAUAGAGUCGUUGCCGACAUUCCAAUUGACCAUCCUUCGUGUUCGAAGCAACAUGCUGCAUUGCAAUUUAGACUUGUGAGUUACGAACGCGUGGACGGCAGCAUGGGUAGACGUGUCAAACCGUUUGUCAUAGAUCUGAACUCAUCCAACGGCACAGUGGUAAACAAUAACAAGAUAGAACCACAGCGGUAUGUUGAACUGUUUGAAAAGGACGUUGUCAAAUUCGGAUACAGCUCCAGGGAGUAUGUAUUACUUCAUGAAAAAUCAUCUGUUGUAGAUACAGACGAUGAAGAAACAAAGACGUAAAUUUAACUGGGUGGGCAGUACUGUAUAAUGCUUGAUUCAAAGUGCAAGUGCACUCACUAAAUCGUACGACAGUCGCACGGUGAAUCAAACUCCACUCCCUGUGAGCUCUUGAUGAUGCGACUCCGUCUGCUGAUUGCCGCUGACAAUCUAAACAGAUCGUCAUUAAAAUCGAUCCGUUGUGCAUGUGUCAUCACGUUGCAUUCUUCAUAGAAUCGUAGUGGCACAGUGAGGGUCCGGCUUAAUGUGUCGCUGGCUGUUUUCCUAGGUGACAUAAUAAUUAUGAAUGCACUACUGAUCACUCAGUGCAAAUUAUGCAUUGAUUUAAAUGUCACCAUGUGCUUAGUUUACACCCAAUCAAGAUUCCAGAGCUUUAAGGAUGUUUAUAUUUGUAGGAGAAUUGCAGGUUUAAAAUGAAUUGUGUAACUAAUAACUUCUGUAAGGGAUCUUUAAAGAAACAAAUUUAUGGAAAUGAAUAUGCUGCAGAUAAUCCCUCAUGUAGAAAAUAUAAUUUUAAAUUUGAAGUAAACAAUAGGGAUAGGAAAAGACAAUAAUAAUCCUGCCUUUGCUGAGAUGUGGUGUUGUGACAUGAUAAAAUUACGGAAUUUGAAUAACCAGUUAAACACAAAAUACAAAUAUUCCUCCUCAUUUUAUAGUCAUUCAGCGUAUGUUAUUGUCGACUUCUUAUACUGUACAUUUGGUACCAGUUUUAAAAUUCUGUGAGUUAUAAUCGAAUCAAUAAAGCUUAGAUAAUAUUCAGUAAUUUGGCAAAAAUGUGCAUAUUGUAUAACUUUUAAAGUGAAACUCCUGCUUAUUUAUAUAAUUUUAUGUUAGUCAGGCCACAUUAAUCCUGACAUUAAUUUUGAAAAUAUAAAAAUCCUCAGCUUGUAUUUGCUGUGAAUGCAGCUUUUUGACCUAACUGGUGGCUAGCAGCAGUUCUAGACAAGUUUAUUUAAAGACAUUUUUAAAAAUGUGAAUAAAAGAAAUUAAACUGUUUCAGAA